AUGGCCGAGCCAUAUGCUUCGCCUGAUCAGGCUUCGGUUGAAGAUCUGACGCCUGAGGAGGCGAGACGCAUCAUUCACUCCCGUCGCAAAGUCCAAGAUGGCACAGCAUGCUGGCCGUGUCGCCAGCGCAAAGUCAAGUGUGACAAUAAGCAGCCGUGCGAGAACUGCGUCAACCGAGAUCACGCACCACUGUGCUCGUAUCAGCCGAACUACUCGUUCGCCAGCAAGCAAGGUUUCGUCGCCUCGAGGGGCUCCCAAGGGAGGAAGCGACGUCACUCGUCUCCGUAUGGCCGAGAUGAGAUUGGCGAACAGGAACAGCGUCGCCCAAACUGGCCGCUCCGCACAGAUGAGCCAGAUUCCACGGAGACGUCACGUUAUCUGGGCCAGAACAGUAUUCCUGCGUUGCUGCGCGAGCAGUCCAGGUCGGAUCACCAGAAUCCAGGAGGCGCUGUGACGCCAGACAUCCACCAAAACAUGGGGUCGAUCCUGGGGCUGGACACCUCAGCGCCGUUUCCUCUUAUGUCAUCGCGGCACCUCGACCAGCUGGCUCAGGACAUCUCCAAUGCGUUGCCUUCGGAUCGUGAAGUUGUCAAGCAAGCCCAUUACCUCGAUUCUGUCCUCUCAGGAGAGAUCCCUCAACCAUUCUGGGGUUUCGUCAUGAACCUGGAUGAUCUCGAGUCUAAGCUCAUGGUCUACCUGGAAGACCGAUCACGCAAAGCGGGGAGCUCCAUGAAGAGCGGCCGACCAGUGUCGGCAUCGUGGCUCGCCAUCUUGUUUGCCGUUCUGGCUGUUGGCUCCCAGUACCACGAGUCGCCAUAUCAUGUUCGUACACUGGACUCCCAGAAGUAUAUUCAGAUUUCAUUCCACUUCCUCCGGCUCGGAAACUUUCUCCUUCGUUUCGCUCUUCUCAAUGACAUGAAAGCUGAGGCUUCAUGGGCUCUCCUGGGACUGACAUGUCGAUUAGCCCAAUCCCUCGGCCUACACCUGCCACACACCCCAGAUGGUGGUGAGAGCGGUGCGCCGGACACGGCAAAGGAAAUGGCUCGCCGAAAAAUCUGGUGGACUUGUGUUUGGCAUGAUUCUCUAGCAUCUCUUUCCUUUGAUAGCUGUUCAAUACCCGUUUCCUCGGGGAACCUGGCAGGCGGAUACACUUACCUCGAAACCAUGUACCAUCUCAUACAGAUCAUUUCUCACCGAUUGAACCCAGACGCCACAGCCACAGCGUCGUACACGCAGAUCCUAGAUAACUGUCAAGCAGUGCAAGCACUCCUCGUUCGGGCGACACCUCAGAUCCAGCACAAGGAGUAUUGCAAGACUGCGGUGGACCGUCUCCAAUAUUUUGCAAUUCGCCUUCACACAUCAUUCAUCACCUCUGUUGCUUGUCGACCCGCGUUGAGACGCGACUGCACUAAGCUUGAUAUGUCUUAA